CACCCAAAUUUAAAAAGAAAAUUUUAAAAAAACAAACCCAUCUCCAUAUUUUUCUCUGCAAAACACUGUAACAAUAGAAACCAAAACGUGUUCCUCAAAUCGUUUUGGGAGCUAUGUUAUUGUGUUUUGCCUUUCCUUAAUCCCCUUGCUUCUAUUCCACGAACCAUCUUUUUUCAUUUCUCGCGAGAGAUCUUUGCUUUUUCUUUUAGUGUUUUUGUCUCUCGUUUGAUCUGGAAAAAGAAAUGGUUCGUGCGUUGGAACAAGAACAGGAAAGCUACAGGACGAGGCUCUUCAACUUCAGAUGGACGAAUAAUAACGACAACAACAGUAACAAUAAAACAGGGAAACAUGGAAAGAGUCUUAGCGUAGAGACAGGAUUAGAGGAGGCAGCCGCCGCAGCCGCUUCCAGGAAUGGAGGAGCCUUGUCCGAACACAAUGAAAACAACAAUAAGGCCGCCCCAUCGCGGUCAUCAAGGACCUCCCCCGCCGCCGAUGAAGCCGCUCUUGCCGCUGCUCUCGCCAGAGAAAAACAGCUUCUUGCUGACAUGGAGCAGAUGAAGGAGCGGUUCGCAAAACUGCUUCUGGGAGAGGACAUGUCUGGAGGGGGGACAGGAGUCUCAUCAGCUCUAGCUUUGUCAAACGCAUUCACUAAUCUCGCAGCUUCUGUGUUUGGAGAGCACCGACGGUUGGAGCCAAUGCCGGCAGAGCGGAAAGGGAGAUGGAGAAAGGAGAUAGAUUGGCUUCUCUCCGUGACUGACUACGUUGUUGAGUUUGCUCCUUCCCAGCAGAAAAACAAAGAUGGAAGCAGCAUGGAGAUAAUGACAACACGCGCACGUACGGAUCUUCACAUGAACAUCCCUGCACUGAAGAAGCUAGAUGCUAUGCUCAUCGAUUGUCUGGACAACUUCAAGGACCAUAACGAGUUCAGUUAUGUCUCGAAAGACGCAGCAGAUUCGGAGAAGAGAAAGGACGACAAAUGGUGGAUCCCGAAGGUGAAAGUACCUGAAGAAGGGCUAUCAGAUUCGUCGAGAAGGUUCUUGCAGUACCAGAAAGACUGCGUGAAUCAGGUUCUGAAGGCAGCCAUGGCUAUAAACGCACAGGUUUUGUCGGAGAUGGAGAUUCCGGAGAGCUAUAUAGAGUCGCUCCCCAAGAACGGGAGGGCGAGUCUGGGGGAUCAGUUGUACAGGAACAUAACGGUGGAGUUCUUCGACCCGGACCAGUUCCUGAGCGCGAUGGACAUGACGUCGGAGCACAAGAUGGUGGACAUGAAGAACAGGAUAGAGGCGUCGAUAAUAAUAUGGAAGAGGAAGAUGAAUCAGAAGGACAGCAAAUCGGCGCCGCCAUGGGGAUCGGGGGUUAGCCUGGAGAAGAGGGAGCUCUUCGAAGAGAGAGCAGAGACGAUUCUGCUGAUUCUGAAGCAGAGAUUCCCUGGGAUUCCUCAGUCUGCGCUUGAUAUAAGCAAGAUCCAGUUCAACCAGGACGUGGGGCAGGCGGUGCUGGAGAGCUACUCGAGAAUACUGGAGAGCUUGGCCUACACUGUUCUGUCCAGAAUCGAGGAUGUCAUGGAGGCGGACCGGUCGGCCACUCCCGAAGUAGAGGCGGAGAACAUGACGACGACGCUGUCCGAUUUCAUGGGAUGGGAUUUGGAUCAUUCGAAGAAGGAUUCCUCCGACGAUCCUCCGAUGAUCAAGGAGAAGUUCCACGUCACCACCACCGCCACCGCCAAGAAGGUUUCCUACCUCGAAACCCUAGGCGGCGUCCGGAGUCCCACCGCCCGCCAUUGAUGAAUUCCCAUUGCCUUCUUUCUUUCCCCAAACUUAUAGAAUUUUAAUCCUUAAUUAGGUCGAAAUACGGAGAGAUUAAUCAAUAAAUCAUACCAUCCAUCAAUGUGGAUAAAUCAUAAAACACUAUGAUCGCUCCCUUUUUUUUUCCUUUUUCCCUUAUCUGGUUUAAUAGAAGUUUUUUUUAGUAUUGUA